AUGAUUGUCAAAUCAAUCUUCGUCGUUUUUCUAGCUACAGCAGUAUUGUGCCACCCUCUUCAUUUAAUACCAAAGGUAAAGUUAAACAGCAAAGUAGAUGUGAACGCAGAUACAGGAAGUAAUGUAGAUGUAGUUAGUAAGAUAAAAUCAACAGUUGAAGUGAACGCCAAUACUAAGUCAAAUGUUGUUGUUGACGCAAGGGACAAUACACAUGUCGCAGCAAAUGCCAAAGAUUUGGCUAAUCUAAGCAUCAAGGGAAGACACAAUUCAAACGUAGAGGCUAACGCAGACUCUAAAUCUAACACAAAAAUCGAGGCCGUCCAUGAGUCACAGGUAGACACCAAUGCUAGAAACAGUGCAAAUCUUGACGUACUCAGUUCCCAAUCGUCCAAAGUCGGUGCCAAUGCAGAUUCCGAAUCAAGUAGCAGAAUUGAAGCUAAUUUAAACUCACAGGUAGACGCCAAUGCCAAAAACAGUGCCAAUCUCGACGUACUUAGUUCAGACGCGUCUCGUGUAAGCGCCAACGCUGAUUCCAAAUCCAACACGAGAAUUGAUGCCAACCACCACUCACAAGUCGAUUCCAAUGCCAAAAACAGUGCCAGUCUCGACGUACUUAGCUCAGACGCAUCUCGUGUAAGCGCCAACGCUGAUUCCGAAUCCAGCUCGAGAAUCGAUGCCAACCACCACUCACAAGUCGACUCCAAUGCCAAAAACAGUGCUAAUCUCGACGUACUUAGUUCCAAAUCAUCUCGUGUAAGCGCCAACGCCGACUCAAAAUCUAAAACAAGAAUUGACGCUAACCGAAAAUCACAGGUUGACGCUAAUGCUAAAAAUAAGGCAAGUCUUGACAUACUUAGUUCUAAAUCAUCCCGGGUCGGUGCUAACGCUGAUUCCAAGUCCAACACGAAAAUCGAUGCCAACCGUGAAUCGCAGGUUGACGCCAACGCCAAAAACAGUGCAAACCUCGAUGUACUUAGUUCCAAAUCGUCCCGUGUCGGUGCCAAUGCUGAUUCCAAAUCUAACACGAAAAUUUAUGCAAACCUCAAAUCACAGGUUGACGCCAAUGCCAAGAAUAGCGCGAACCUCGAUAUACUGAGUUCUGAAUCAUCUCGUGUGGGUGCAAACGCCGAUUCUAAAUCCAGCAGCAGAAUCGAAGCCAAUGUGAACUCGCAGGUCGAUGCUAAUGCCAAGAAUAGCGCGACUCUCGGCGUACUCAGUUCUAAAUCAUCUCGUGUAGGAGCAAACGCAGAUUCUAAAUCCAGCAGCAGGAUCGAAGCCAAUUUGAAAUCAGAGGUCGACGCUAAUGCCAAGAACGGUGCCAAUCUUGACGUGUUUAGCAGCGAAUGGUCUCGUGUGGGUGCUAACGCGGAUACCAACUCCAACACCAAGAUUGAUGCUAACUGGGUAUCUGACGUAGACGCUAAUGCCAAAAACGGUGCAAACCUAGACGUAUGGAGCAAUGACUGGUCACGCGUUGGUGUUAACGCUGAUUCAAAGUCAAACUCCAAGAUUGAUGCAGGUUGGGUAUCUCAAGUAGACGCUAAUGCCAAAAACGGUGCAAACCUCGACGUCUUGAGCAACGAAUGGUCCCGUGUGGGUGCAAACGCGGAUACCAACUCCAACACCAAGAUUGAUGCUAACUGGGUAUCUGACGUAGACGCUAAUGCCAAAAACGGUGCAAACCUUGAUGUGUCAAGCAGUGACUGGUCUCGUGUAGGUGCAAACGCCGAUUCUAAAUCCAACACUAAAAUAGAGGCCAAUUGGGUGUCGCAAGUCGAUGCUAACUCUAAGAAUGACGCGACUCUCGAUGUAAUAAGCAAUGACUGGUCCCGUGUGGGUGCAAAUGCAGAUUCAAAGUCAAGCUCUAGGAUCGAUGCUGGUUGGGUAUCACAAGUUGAUGCUAAUGCCAAAAACGGUGCCAGUCUUGACGUAUUGAGCAACGAUUGGUCUAAUGUGGGUGCAAACGCUGAUACCAACUCUAACACCAAGAUUGAUGCUAACUGGGAAUCACAGGUCGAUGCUAAUGCUAAGGAUGGCGCGAGUCUCGAUAUUAUAAGCCACAAUCUCGCUUCUGUAGCUGCUAAUGCUGGUAGUAAUUCAAACUCUAGAGUCUCUGCCAACAGAGGAGGUCAAGUUGGGUUGAAUGCCAAUCGCAGAGCUAAUGUCAAUAUUGUAGUGGAAGAUUAA